AUGACAGAAUUGCAAGAAGAACGUGUUUCAAGCGAGGGUCCUCCUUUAUGCACAUCACAUUGUCGAAAUUCAUUAAUGGAGGUCGAUAUUGUUGAACCUUUAGUUUGUGUAGCCUCUGACGUUUUAGAAAAUUUACCAUACGAACAAGAAAACUUAGCCAGCGAUAUCGCAGGCCACGGUCACAACUCAAACAAGGCCACGCAGUUAUCAGAUGUUACAGAUGUUGGAAGUGAAGAGAUGGAGCUUAGUGAUGAGUUACCAAAUCAUGGUUGCCUACAAGAAGAUGAGAUACCAAGAGUUGGAAUGCGGUUUGCUCAGUUACAGAUGGCUCAUGACUUUUAUGUGACCUAUGCAAAGAAAGCUGGAUUUGCAACUAAGAUAAGGACGACAACAUUUGAUAAGAUCACAAAGGCUCCCAUUAACCAAGCUAUACACUGUAAUCGCGAUGGGAUCCGCGAGUCACGUGUUAAAGCACCAAUGCGGAAGAAUACGAUUUUAGCUGAUGGGUGCAAGGCAAGGAUAUAUGUAAAGUUUGAUAAAGACGUGCAAGACUGGGUUUUGCUUAAGGUUGACUUGACGCACUCUCACCCCUGUUCACCGAAAAAGGCAGUGCACUACCAUUAG